AUGGCGGGUCAGAUAUGGCAUCACUUGCAACUCAUAGAUAAGCUGAAAAGUUAUAGAUAUGAUUAUUGUCGGCUGUGCAGCAAGUUAGUAUUGGGAAGUCGCAGCUACAAAUGCGAGGAACAUUAUUGCGGUUUUUUGAUUCAUGAACCAUGCCCGGAGACAACAGAUCGCAAGAGAGAGAUAGAGGCCACACAUAAUUUGAGAAGUACACAUCACUUGAUAUCCAUGAAAGAGGCAGAGAAGAAUGGAGAUGAGAAGAAAGUAGUAGUUUGCUCAUUGUGCGACGAACCGGUAUCGUCUUUGUUAAUGUCAUGUAACAACGACAACAUUAAUAAUAAUGGGCCUACCUUUUAUUACAAAUGCUGCUUCCCCAACUGCACCUUCCUCAUUCAUCAACCAUGUGCACAAUUACCCUACGAAACACCAAAACACCCUCUGCACUUCUCAGACCACAACCUUUAUCUCCAAGAGCCAACAGAGACUCAAAAUCAUUGCGGUGCUUGCUUUAAAGUUUUCAGUAAACGCUUCUAUUACGAUUGUGGCUACUACGAUUAUAUGCUCGACAUCAAAUGUGAUUCUCGUUGGAGAGCUAGUGUUGACAAAUGUAACAAGCAUGCAUUGUUCCCCAUCCGAAAUCCAAUCCAGUUCACUUGCCAAGUGUGUGGUCGGGAAAGCAAAGAAAUUGCCCAUCUAUGUACCAACUGUCGACUUCUUAUUCACUCUAAAUGUGCCCAAUUUCUAGGCACCAUCAAAAUUAGAGGACAUGGUCACUCCCUCACUUACACCUUCUCUCUUAGCCAAGUCAAAAAGCACAAGUGUGAAGUCUGUUACGAAAAUGUGGAUACAAAGAAUGCAACUUACUAUUGUGAUGAUCAGAAGUGUGACUACAUUGCUCACUUACGGUGUGCAUAUUGGAUUAGGAAGGAGAGUGAGACCAGUGAUUCCUUUGACUAUGCUACUCAUUUAGUCGAGGGCAACGAUCUAAAAGAGGGUGAAAAAGCUGCCCCUAAAGAGAUUGUACAUUUGAGUCAUCCACUACAUAAAUUAAACCUUCAAAAUGAAGAGCUCUUGGAUGUUAAGCGUUGUGAGGGGUGCAUGCAAUUUAUAGUGUUGUCCCCAUUUUAUGGCUGUGUGGAGUGCAACUUCUCUCUCCAUAUAAGAUGUACUAAACUACCCCAAAAGGUUAUGCAACCAUUACAUCACGAACACCUGCUCAGCUUACAUGAGGUAGAUUCCAAUGUGCAAUCGUUUGAGAGUUGGGCUUGCAAGCGAAAACGAGGUGGCUUCAACUACAAAUGUGACAACCGUUGUGGUGAACGAAUAAUAUUUGAUGCUCAAUGUAUUUUAAUUCCAGAAGUCUUUAAACAUAAAGGUCACCAGCACCGUCUCUUCCUCGGUGGAUUUCAUCAACCAAAUUGCAAUGCUUGUGGUCAACUUCCUUAUUACAUUCAAGCAUUUGAAUGCACUACUUGUGGGUUCCGCUUGUGUAUUAAAUGUGCUACUCUUCCACUAGUAACUAGGCAUAAAUAUGACACACAUCUCCUAUAUCUCACUUAUGCCGCCGAAGACAACUCCAAAGAAUAUUAUUGUCAAAUUUGCGAAGAAGAAAGAGAUGAAAAGCUUUGGUUCUAUUACUGUAAAAAUUGUGACUUCGCUGCUCAUCCUCGAUGUGUACUUGGGGAAGAACUUGUUUCAAUUAGUUACAUUUGUUUGUGA